AUUAUGGUCUUACCUUUAGGUAUAAAUGAGUCCAUGCGCAGCUCCUAUAGAAGUCUUCCUUAUCUUUCUUCAGUUUUAAAAGUCUCUCUGUCUCGAUGGAUAUCUUCCUUUAAGUAUUACCUUCUGCUUCGAUUGAAAGUCCAGUUUAGGAAACUGUUUUAUUUUAGAUAUGUAAUCCUCCAUGAUAAAAGUGCAAGCAAACAAUGGCUGCUCACUCUUGCUGCGUGUUUUCUUCUGCAGCACCGGUCUUCUGCAGUACCAGCAGUCGCAAGAAGGAUCACUAGCGCCCUCUACCACCAGGAGGCGGAAGUCAUUUAAUGACUCAUAUUUGACCCGGCGGAAGUGCCACACAUGCGCUAAUUAUUUAGCGAAACGAGUUUGACCCGGCUGUAAUACUAGGCAGGCGAAUACUAUAUUCCCGGCGGCAAUUCAAGGAAAUACGGUAUAUCCAUUCGGCCACCGUGUUAUGGGUUAUAGAUAAACCUACGGAUAACGGAGACAUAUGUAAUAGUCUCCUUUUCGGGUGAGAGACGACGCUAAAGGCACGCCCCCAAUAUAGUUGUCCGGCCAGAAAUCGGGAGAUUUUCGGGAGAAUGGUUGUCCCGGGCGAUUUUCGGGAGAGGCACUGAAACUCUCCCGGAAAAUUCGGGAGGGUUGGCAAGUAUGCAUGCUUGACAUACACUCAGCAGAAGGUGGGCUGGUUGAUUGCUUCAACCGUACCCUGGCUUAAUGAGACCUUCAUCUGCCGCUGGUCCUAUGGGCAUACCAAAUGGCAGUCAAAGAGACAGCAAAGUGCACCCUGGCAGCCCUUAUGUUUGGAUGAGAACUUGGCAAGCUUGUUGAUCUGGCGUUUGGGCCAAAUGGCAAACCCGGUUUGGACUAUUUUGGCAGACUGCAAGACCGACUUCGGUAGGUGCACCUCGUGGCCCGACAAACUCUCGACGAUGUUGGCUGUCGCCAAAAUAGGUCAGAGAUGAAUACGGGACUCUGGCCUAAGCUGAUGAGUCACUGCACAAGUUCUCCAAAAAAUCUCUGCCAUAAUGUGUUGUUGCUGCAGUGGAAUCGCGUGGUGGUCCUCCACUGCGAAAGGCUGGCUCCAUACCAGUUGAGGAAAAGGAGUGGCUGGCAGGACGCCAGAACGGACUUGACUGCACCGUGGGCCCCCCACACCAUUUCAAUGACUUCGAAGUGAACACUGUGGUUUCUGGGGACAGGUGAUCAGCUUGGUGGGGGCUAUGUAGCGGCACUGGGUGGAGGACCUAAGCAUUCCACUCAUUCCUAGCCACACGUUAAUGAGUUGUUAGCACUUAUUUGUCUCGAAAGUUAAUUCAAGUUGAUUUGUUUUACCCCACACGUCAUGUCGAGCACGUUAUGUGUUUUGCAGACCUUUCUUUGCUUGUCAGUCCCCUAAAGAUGCGUUCCAAAUUCUGUAGUGAUUUGAUAACACCCUAAAGCUACGGAGGGUGUUUUGUAGAACACGGCAACUUUGUCAUUCAAACUACACAAAGUGUAUUUGUCAGGAAAAAUUAGCACAGGCAACACAGAAGGUAUCCAUGUUUUGACACAUUUUGACAAGCAACAAUCAGAUGGCGCCGAUUGUGUCACCUGUCAACUUAUGGGAAGCAUAUUUGUGCGAUAUGAUGUGGUGUAGUCACCUUCACUUAUCAUUAUAGUUUUAGAUGUAUUUGACACUAUACACAGAACCGGGGAGCUUUAGCAAUCUGGCCUCUGUCCCGGAACUUUCUUAGCUUUGCUUUGUCCCCACAUUAAGAGCAUCCUAGCUGCUUGGAAGCUGGAAGAAAGCCAUCCGUAUCGUGUGACCCAUCGUCCAAAGGCUUUUGCUCCUUCGCCGAGCUCACGGUUAACACAGUGGUUCUCCUUGCGGCCCAUCCAGGCUACCCUUGUUGGAUUUCAGACCUUCCCCUUGUUGUCCCUUCUUGCUUCAGUCUGGCAGAGGUAUCAGAUGGAGCUGGAGCAGCAGGGGAUGCCUCCAAACCACCGCGAGAUAGGCUAAAUGACCGUUUAUGCAUAACUGGAUCCCGUUCAACCAUGAGGAUUCUCUCUGCUCAGUGGAUUCUUCUGGCUAUUAUCAUGGUUGCACUCACUGUUGAGGCCAAGACUACAGCCAAGCCCAAGUACCAGUAUACCAAGAAGCCUCUGGCCCCCGGUACACCUAAGCCCAAGAUAGGCUCAGACAACAACAACAACAACAACAACAACCCCGUGGAGCCACACCCGCUACUCAGCCCAGCGAGAACCACCAACCCAAGUGGUGUAUUCCCUCAGGACGCAAGCACAGAGCCCCCUGCUGUGGGUGCCGAGAACUACACCUUGGAUUACAGCGAGUGCUAUUUCAAUUUCUGCGACUGCUGCCCACCUGAGAGAGGCCCCCGGGGGCCAAAGGGCGACAACGGCCCGCCAGGGCCACCAGGGGAAAGAGGCCUUACAGGAUCAGCUGGUACACCUGGACCACCAGGUGUGAUUGGACCAAAGGGGGUCAAAGGAGACAAAGGGGAUAAGGGUGACCGGGGGAACACCGGCCCAGGAGGACACCCUGGAGCUCACGGGAAACCAGGGCAGAAAGGUGAUGCUGCCCCAAAAGGAGAGAAAGGUGAGAAGGGGACACAAGGAGUUAAAGGUGUUGCCGGGCAGAAAGGCGACGCUGGUCAUAACGGGACUGCUGGUGGGAAAGGAGAACCGGGAAAAGAGGGGCCAGCUGGACCCCCAGGAGUGACUCUGGGGCUGGGUCUUAAAGGAGAUAAAGGGGAUAGGGGGGAAUGUGGCACAUUCGGGGAGAGGGGGCCGAAAGGUGAUCAAGGAGACACAGGGUCUCCGGGAAUCCCAGGAGCAAUGGGAAUCCCUGGAAUGAACGGCAAGCACGGGGCACCGGGUCCUGUAGGAGUCAGCGGGGAUCCUGGACCUCCUGGAGCACAGGGGGAAACUGGGGUGAGAGGGUCUCAGGGACCUGAAGGUGUAAGAGGGAUGCAAGGCUCCAAGGGGGAUCGAGGUUAUCCCGGAAUGAGAGGGGACCGGGGGAUGCGGGGCUUCAAAGGAGCUAAAGGGUCCGGUCUUCCCCAAAAGCGCUCAGCCUUCAGCGUUGGAAUCUCUCCCAGAAAGUCCUUCCCUCCGUCCGGCUUCCCCGUCCGCUUUGACAAAGUCUUCUACAACGAGGAGAACCACUUCAAUGUUACCAGCAACAGCUUCAUGUGUGUCCACGCCGGCGUCUACGUCUUCUCCUUCCACAUCACCGUGCGCAAUCAGCCCCUACGCGCCACGCUGGUGGUCAACGGCUCGCGGCGGGUACGGACACGGGACUCGCUGUACGGACAAGACAUCGACCAGGCGUCCACUCUGGUGGUGCUGAGGUUGGCGGCGGGUGACCGGGUGUGGAUGGAGACCCUCAGGGAUUGGAACGGGGUGUACGCCAGCAGUGAGGACGACAGCAUCUUCUCGGGAUUUCUACUUUACUAACCCUGACGCUGAGGCCGUGUACUCAUGAACUCUUACACAUCUUGUAUUUUGUGUCAAGUCAAGGACUACUGGACAUGGUUUUCAAUUAAAAAAUGUUUAA